UAUCACUCAUUAAACCUAAAAGUGAAAGGGCGAGACCGGCUGCUGUUUGGUAGUUUAUCUGGGCUCUCUUCCGGGCAGCUGGCAUGGAGUUCAGCGCGGUGACGGUGGCCCUUCUGGCCAUUUGCCUUUCCUGCCUGCUGCUGUUUCGGAAGGGGAAAGGACAGGGCACAGGGGGCCGCUUGCCCCCCGGACCGCGCCCGCUCCCCAUCGUGGGCAACCUGUUCCAGCUGGAUCCUAAGAACAUGGUCAAGUCCCUCUUGGCGCUAAGAGAGAGAUACGGCUCCGUUUACACCGUCUACCUGGGCUCCCAGCCUUUCGUGGUGCUGUGUGGCUACCAGGCUGUGAAGGAGGCCCUGGUGGACCGAGGCGAGGACUUUGGCGGGCGCGGCGACUUCCCAGCUCUAUUCCGAUUCACCCAAGGGGAUGGUAUUGUUUUUGCUAAUGGAGAAAAAUGGAAAGUGUUGCGGCGUUUCGCUUUACAAACAUUACGCCAUUUGGGGAUGGGCAGGCGCAGCCUUGAGGAGAGGAUCCAAGCGGAGGCCCAGUGCGUGGUGGAAGAGCUGGCCAAGACCAAAGUGGAGCCCAUUGAUGCCACUUCCCUAAUAAGCCGCGCCGUCUCCAAUACGAUCUGUUCCAUCAUCUUCGGGGAUCGGUUUGACUAUGAGGACCAGAAAUUCCUCGCUUUGGUUGGUCUGAUGAUUGACAACUUCCACUUGCUGAGCUCCUGCUGGGGACAGAUGUACAACGUCUUCCCUCGUUUCAUGUCUUACCUGCCUGCACCACAGAAGAGAUACUUCAAGAAUUUGGAGAAGUUGCGCCUUUUCAUUCUGGACAUGGUCAAGGUGCACCAAGAGACCCUGGACCCCAGUUUUCCUCGUGAUUUCAUGGAUUGCUUCCUUCUUGAAAUGCAGCAGGAAAAGGAGGACCCCCUCACAUACUUCCAUGUGAACUCCCUCGUGAUGACCACCCACAACCUUUUCUUUGCGGGCACUGAGACAACCAGCACCGCCCUUCGCUAUGGGAUCCUCAUCCUCUUGAAGUACCCUGAAAUGCAGGCCAAGGUCUACAAAGAGAUCCUCCGGGUUGUUGGCCCUCAUCGUAGCCCGUCACUUGAGGAUCGGGUGCAUUUGCCUUAUACUGAUGCCGUGAUCCAUGAGAUCCUGCGCUUCGCGGAUGUCGUCCCGAUGGGCCUCCCCCAUGCUGUUACAAGAGAUGCUCAUUUUCACGGCUAUGUAAUCCCUAAGGGCACCAACAUUCUGCCUCUUCUUUACUCUGUACAUAAAGACAUUGCCCAGUUCCAAAACCCUGAAACAUUUGACCCUAGCAACUUCCUGGAUGAGGACGGAGUCUUCCGUCGGCAUGAUGCUUUCGCGCCUUUCUCUGCAGGGAAGCGGGCGUGUCUGGGACAGGCGCUGGCUCGCAUGGAGAUGUUCCUCUUCCUCACCACCCUCGUGCAGCGCUUCGCCCUCCAGCCCGUGGUUCCCCCAGAGGAAAUCGACCUCUCGCCACUGACGAGCAAUGUGGGGAAUAUCCCUCGUCCAUAUGAAUUCCGGGCUGUCCCCCGCUGAGAUGCCGCAGUGUUCCCCGUGGGCCACGGCCCUUCCUUUGGUGGCCAUGAAACCACUGCUGAGUUGGAGGCUGAAGCAAGAUGAAGAAGGGUCAUCAUGGGAGGGGGCAGAGCGAGUCAACAGAGGAGGGGGCCGGCCUGGUGCAUCAAAGAAUGGUCUUCCUUAGGGUGGUGGGAUAAGCCAUGAGGCAGGAGUGCCCAUCUUGCCAGCUGGGGUGGAGGGUUCCUUCCUUCGGCCAUCCUGCUCUGCCCAUUCCUUGGCGCUGGGUGGUUGUGCAUAGAGAAGAUGUGCCCAGAGCACUGAAGGAAAACACAAGACGAUGCUUCCUCUGUGGCCGGGCUAUGCUGGGCAAGUUCUCUUUUGGGAACGCCAGACAUCAUUACAGCCAAAAGCUUCUCCGCGGUCAAGAGAGACUGUUCCUCUGUGCUAUGUCAGAUGAAAAGCAUCCCGUUUGAAUGUUUCUCUUUGGCUGCAAAUGAUGGGAACGGAAAGGGACAUUUGAAUGUUCAGAACUUUAUUCCUUUCUUUGGAAGCAGGGCCAGCAAUGCUUUGAGAAUGUAACGCUUUCUACAAAGGGGACUCCAAAAUGUAGACUAGAAUAGCACUGUCCUGUGACAUUAACCAAUAAACUGUACAAAACGUGCCUGGUUGCCUUCCCCACCGUCCUGUCCAUGUGGCACUGGGCUCCCUAAUGCAGAACUGGUGACCCAGGGAGAGGAGGAGGCUGGGCGACUCGCCUGGGCGGCUGAGGGCAGCUGCGGUGUAAGAAGCAAUGACUGGGAGACGCCACGGCAAAGACCAGGCCGCCCCUGUGCACCAUCGCAGGGCGGCGGAGCUCCCGCUAUGUAAUGGAGCUCUGGUGUGGCUUCCGAUUUAUGUAUUUAUUUUUAGUUAUAUUUCAUUUUUCUUUUUUUAAACAUUUUAUUUUAUUGAGUAAAAAAGGGAUACAAAAAGAAAGAAGGGGGGAGGAAAAAGUUAAUAAGGUCAAGAAGAUUUUGCAACUUAUUGCUACAAGAAUUCUUAGA